UAUUGAACAUCACUGAUGCAAACACGUCUUGUACAGCAAGGAGAACUAAAAGUGGAAGAGUGACAUGUAUUCAAGUUCCAAGACAUGGCGCCCAUUCAUUUUAAACAUUCCUCUCAAAGCAAAAAAUGGCGUGACCGCAUUCAAGUCAUCAAACGUCACGGGCUUGAUCCACCCAUAAAUGCAACGUGUCACCGGCCGUGAAGGUAUUUCAAGGAUGUGAAACAUGCGCGACAAUUCCACGCUGUCAUUCCGCAACGCCAUCGUAGACCUUCCCUGCAACGGAGGCGGUGGCGAUGAAAAUGUUAUUCUGCGUCCUUUGACAGUCGCAUUCGGUUGUCCCUCGUUCAUUUUGACACAAAUCUUAAUUUUUGUCAUGAUCUGUGUUUUUGUUUUGAUUCGAUUCACUUUUGUGUUGUUAUGUUUCUCUGUCCCUUUUCCGUGUUCGUGUCUCGCCGUGAUCGUCGUUGGGUUGUGAUUACGCGGGUUUAAUGUGCGUGUCUGUUUAAAUACAGAUGGACAUGUUUACACUUGUAGGUGCUGUGAUCAUUCAGGUGAAUGCGUGCACUAAUUUAUAUCUAUUGCAUGCAUUAAUUUGCAUAAGAGCAUGUGUAAAGAAAAUAUUUCAAGAACACCUCGGCACUCUAUUAUGCAAACAAACAACAUGGCCGAUAUAAAUCUUUCAUAUCGAAUAUAUUAAAUUUUGUUGUGUCUUGUGCGGCCUUCUAAUUUUGAAAAAAAUAAAUAAAAGUGAUCAUAAAAUAAUUUAGCCUUUUUUGUUUGGCAGUUCACAACAUUAGCAAAGCUAUGUAAGCACAUUAUUUUAAUAGCGUGACAGUCGAGCCAAUGCUAGCUAGCGCUUGGUUUAAAGAAAAAAGCAAACUUGACAGUAAAAAGUUAAGUUUGCACUUUAGUACAUUUCAGUCUGAUUUUGACCCAAGUCCAGAACUCCUGCACUUAAAAACAAGACCGGCAAAAGCAGCAGGUUAGUAAUUCGAAUCGUGCAAGCGGAAUCGGUGGGCGAGGUAGAUUUCGUUUUCGAAAAGCUUCUUCGACUUAGGACCGAGCGGCGUGCCCGGGAAUGAAAUAAGUGUGAGAAUAGCGGCUUGGUUUCUAUUCAAAUGGGCCAGUUUUCACCAAAAGUCCACUAGCGCGUAAACCAUCAGCGUGACAUUUUUUUGUAAGGUGGUGUGCUGUCAGAUUAUUUUGCCCCUCAUGUAAAAUGGGCGCUUUAGUGCUUUCGUCUCAAUAAAGGUUGCGAAGCUCAUCUAGUUUUGUCACACUUGCCUUUAGUUUGAGUCACAAGGCGGCGCGUGACGUGGCGUGACUUUGUUUGAAGCCGGUCGUGACGUCACGAGCGAGAAGCGGGCGCGAACACGUGCGCGGAGGUGGGCGGGAGCGUUGGCGUUUCCCCACGCCGGGCAAGUCCGGACACAUCCCGGCGCAUGAGCGCGUGAAGCAGCAGCGACGGGAAGGCGCGCCGCUGAGCGCCGAUGUCUCUCCCGGCCCGAGUGAGGCGAGACGGGCUGCUGGAGAAGCGCAGCGGCGGUCUGCUGCAGCUGUGGAAGAAGAAGCGCUGCGUGCUGACCGACGAGGGGCUCCGGCUGCGCGGCUGCGAGGGUCCCGCCGCAGCCCGCGCCAAGUCGCCCUGCGCCGCCUGGAGCUGCUCCGCGUCCCGCGCCAAGGAGCUGCCCUUCGAACGCAUGCUGACGGUGGACUGCGUGGAGUACAAGCGGGGCCUGGUCUACUUCACCGUGGUCAUGGCCGGCGGCCGCGAGAUCGACUUCCGCUGCCCGCAGGACGGCACGGCGUGGAACGCGGAGAUCGCGCUGGCCCUGGUCCGGUACAAGAACCUCCAAGCCGUGCGCACGGGGAGGAAGAGGCGCCUUUCGGGCGCGCACCUGCACGACGACGACGAGCCGUGACCGCGACUUUGGACUUCAGGAGAACUCCACGCGCAAAUACAGCUACCGAUUCGACUCGGAAAAUCGACUUCAGCAGUUUGCAUCUCUACAUCCUGGGAGUGAACCAAUAAAAAUCGCUCUUCGGUCUUUUCCAAGUGACUGGAUGCAAAUGUUGAAAUGAGUCCAUCUCACUCUUCUUCAGACAGAUUUUUGUUGUUGUUGUUGUCGUCGUUAUUUCCGACAAUGUGGAUAAAUAGCCCUGUGUCAUCAAGACAGCGACGCUUGGAUUCUUUCGCCAUGUGUGCCUUGAUAUUUCACAAACACCCUCGACUCGAGUCACUUUAUGUCUUACUUCUUCGCUUUUGAUGGGGGGGGGAAUGCUGUUUGACUGACUUUUAAAACUCCCACAAUACAGACUGAUAAGAUUUUGCAUGCGUGUCUGAAGGUUAACAUGAAGAAAAAACGAUUUGACUCUUUUUUGUGGUAUAAUUUGUGUUUAAUACAAUCAUGUAUGGUAUAAAUAAAACAUUACGAAGACAAUUGAA